AUGCCCGAGGUCAAGCGCGUCGUCCGUCUUGUCACGGAACAGCACAUCAUUGACAAGCCCUCGGAGGUAGAGGGUUUCCCGCAGCGAUCCUGGUCGAUCGAGGUUUAUGUGGUCAAUGAAAAGGGAGAGCAGAUCCCUGCCAACCUCUUUGACAAAGUCACAUACCACCUUCACCCAAGUUUCGGCAACCGCGCCAUUCAAACUUUCAAGAACCCGCCUUUCCGUAUCUCAGAAGAGGGAUGGGGUGAGUUUGAUAUGCAGAUUGAACUCACAGCCGACAAGUCGCACUUUGUCAACCAUGACCUCAACUUCCUGCAAGAGCGAUAUGAGUCCAAGCACACCAUUACUUUCAAGAACCCGAAACCUGCUUUCCUAGCUGCCCUCCGUGAAUCGGGUCCUGUUCCUGGUGAUGAGAAUGGAGCGAAGAAGCGUGGCGCAGCUGGUGAGGAGAGUGCUAAGAAGAAGAAGCGCACCGAGAAGAACGUCGAUAUGGAUAAGCUCGCAGAUGGACUUCAGAAGCUGAACGAAGACGACCUAUUGCAAGUUGUGCAAAUGGUGCACGACAACAAGUCAGCGGACUCGUACACAAAGAACGAUGUCGAUAUGGGCGAGUUCCACGUGGACCUUUACACGCUUCCAGAUACCUUGAUCAAGAUGCUGUGGGACUUCACCACUGAUCGUGGAGCCAUGUAA